GGCUCAGUUCAGUCGUCUACAGACUACAGCGGCGAGCGGAGAGUGAGGAUCGCUUCACCAAUCGAUCCGAUCGUACAACUCGCGUCGCGUCGCGUCGCGUCGCGUUAAUCGUGUUCCUUUUUCCGAGACCAAGGCAUCGAGGAAGCGAGAGCGGAGUUCCUGAUCCGGGUCUUCCGAUUGUUCCCGUCCAGUAUCUUUCUCUUUUUUCCGUUUCUUUGCCUUUCGUAAACGUUCGGUCGGCGGUGGAGCGAUUCUCGUUACAAUUCGAACAGACUAUAAAAUGUCGAUAAAUGGUCAAGGAAACGUCCGGCAAAGUUGACGAAAGCCUAUUCGAAAGCGAAACAGAUACAGACUCUUAGAGGAAGACAAACAUCAAUCAAGAAGAAACCGAGGAAACGCACACGCUUGUCAUCGAUAAAGUAAUCCGAGCGAGAGGCUAGAGAUACACAAUGGAUCCUUAUUCAUUAAGCGUGGAGCGGGAAGCUUCGAAGAACAUCGAAGAGAAUGAGCGUACGCGUUUUAAAGAGGCGAUUGUUUCGAGUCGCAGUCUCAACAGAGUUCAGCCCAAUCAGAUUAAAAAUGCCCUUCGAGAAAUCAGCGUGUGCAUCAUCGCGGCGUCCUUCCAUCUUGUGGUGGGCAUUACUAUGGCAUACUCGGCGACUCUCGUUCCACAACUCGAGAACCCAGAAGAGUCGUUCCACGCAACGAAACAGCAGACUUCCUGGAUAGCCAGCUUGGUUGUCAUCUCCGCGCCGAUUGGCGCCAUGUUGGGAGGCUUCCUGAUGGAGUCAGUCGGUCGAAUAAGGACCCUGCAAAUCGGCGUGAUUCCCAAUGUGAUCGGCUGGAUUAUGAUCGCCACGGCGCAGAACAUACCAAUGUUGCUGGUCGGUCGUUUGCUCUGCGGAAUGGCAACCGCCAUGGAGAUCUCGCCGGCAAUCGUGUACAUCACCGAAGUCGCCAGGCCGGAGUUGCGCGGCUCCCUGAUCUCGGUCGGACCGACGUUGGCGUCGUUAGGAAUGGUACUGUCUUACGUGAAAGGCUCUUACCUGCACUGGCGACUGGUUGCUUGGCUCAGCAUCAUCUACGCGAUUGUGCCUGUCAUCCUGGUGCAGUUCUUGGUGCCGGAAUCGCCCGUCUGGCUCGUCUCGAAAAACCGCAUCGCAGAUGCCCAGAAAGCCCUGGAACGGAUUCACAAAAACGAGCCAUGCCAAGACAAAGGAUCGGCGGCGGAAGUGCACUUCAACACCAUCAUGGACGACAACGCACAUAAACUAACCAAUCAAAGGAAGAGCAAGCACGGGAAUGUCUUUACCAAAAUACGCGCGUUUCUGAGGCCGACCGGAUGGAAACCGAUGGUGAUACUCUUCCUGCUCUUUUCGUUCCAGCAGUUCUCCGGAAUUUACAUCACGCUGUUCUACGCAGUGACUUGGUUCCAAGAAACGGGCGCGGGCGUGGACGCAUACGUGGCAUCGAUUUUGGUGGGUAUCAUGCGUUUCAUCUGCUCCAUGAUGAACACUUGGCUGCUGAGACGAUUCUGUAGACGACCGUUGUGCAUGAUAUCGGCCGUGGGGAUGGCCGUAUGCAUGGGCAUCUCAGGUUACGCCUCGUUGAGAAUAAAACAGGGCGAUCACAGCGGCUCCUGGGUACCGCUGGUGUGUCUGUUACUUUACGUGUUCACCUCGAUGAUCGGGAUGCUGACCAUUCCCUGGACCAUGACGGCGGAAUUGUUUCCCACCGAAAUCCGCGGAUUCGCCCACGCCAUCAGUUACUCCAUAGCGAACCUUCUCAUGUUCGCCGCGCUGCAAAGCUACAGAGACCUGCAAACUUUCCUCGGAGGAUCGUACGCUGUGCAAUGGUUCUUCGCCUGUGUUUCCUUGGCAACGACAGCUUUCGUGUGGCUAAUGCUGCCCGAGACACACGAGAAGAAACUGUCGGAGAUCGAGGCAUACUUCGAGAAUAAUUUCUUCGCCGUAGGAGCAAAAGUGACAACCAACAAACGAAGAGCAAAGCCGGAUAAGUGCAAGAAUCAACAAGAUCCGCUGAUGAUUGAGCCGCUUAAUCCGCCGAAAAUUGUGCAGAUCGCUUAAAAUCUCUUCUUCUUUUUAUCGCGCGAUCUGCGAAUCUCUGAUCUGAAUCUACGAAUCGGUGAAUCUUUGAUCAAAGUAAACAUCACGCGCGGAUAGAUGCGACAAACGGAUUAAUUAAUUAUCGUAACGCAGUUCAUAAUCGCGAUUUUUUACUCAAUUCCACUAAUUCGUCCAAAAAUCGUGAACGAAUCUGUGCAUAAUAUAAUGCUAUGAAUUCUUAGUCGUAAAAUGCAAAGAUUUAGUAAUGCGAUGCUCCUUUAUUAUUUUAUUUAUAUAUUUAAGCCAGAUUCACAGAUUCGGAAGAUUCAGAAUCGGAAUCAAAGAUUCUCCGCGAUUAUUCGGAACUAUUUAGACGGAGCAAGAUAUUUAAAAAAAA